AUGGAGACGCAUGAUUUACGCAUAGUUCAGGUGGAAGGCAUACCUUUAGUGAUUCACGAUAAGAAGAUUGUCAACUCAUUAUCGGAAAGGUUCAGAAAAUAUGUGCAUUGGAUAGCAGGAAGUAGUUCCGACGAUAUAUUGGAUCAUAUCAGCAGCCACUUUCAGAACCAAGAUAGAAAACAUGCUUAA